ACCACCGUUUUGGGAAGUGUUGGGAAGUCCGCAGCAGGCCGGACAACCUUCGUCGUUAUUUUUAUUUACUUUUCAUCAAUGGCGAACGGGAGAACCGCCCGAAAUCGCUUUUAAAUAAAGCCGUUUUAUGCUCGGCACUGACUCUGAAUCGUUGAACGAGUACCUCUGCCUGAUGGAACCGACGUCGACGUACGCAGACUUGGGGAGGAACGCCGCGCCCGUCAAGUUUGAUCCGCCGCGGCUGAGCCGGAAACGUCGCGAUGUCGUUGACGGCCACUCUCAGCAGCCGACAGGUGACGAAGAAGUGGAAGUGGCCUUCUCCGGUGGAGCUGUUGGCCGCGAGGGGCAAGAUGCGGGUGGCACUGCAAUGGCGACUGGUCGCGGCCGGGCCCCGUCGUGGGGUGGCGAGGGUGGGGACGAGGAAGAGGAGGAGGAGCUCAAGUACGGUGCCAAGCACGUCAUCAAGCUGUUCGUGCCGGUGUCGCUCUGCAUGCUCGUCGUGGUGGCCACCAUCAGCUCCAUCAACUUCUACCGGCACACCAACACCUACCUGGUGUACACGCCAUUCACCGACCAGACAGUGGACACAGGCACCAAGGUUUGGCAGUCCUUUGCCAAUGCUUUCAUCCUGAUGGGUGUCAUUGUGGUCAUGACCAUCCUGCUCAUUGUCCUGUACAAGUUCCGCUGUUACAAGGUCAUUCACGGCUGGCUCAUCCUUUCCUCACUGCUGUUGGUCUUCCUCUUCGCAUACAUCUUUUUGGGGGAGGUGCUGCGGGCGUACAAUGUGCCCAUGGACUACCCAACGGUGGUGUUUGCCAUGUGGAACUUCGGCGUGGUUGGCAUGAUCUCCAUCCACUGGAAGGGGCCCCUGCUUCUUCAGCAGGCCUACCUCAUCCUCGUGUCGGCACUCAUGGCACUCGUCUUCAUCAAGUACCUUCCCGACUGGACCGCCUGGGUCGUCCUCGGGGUCAUCUCUGUCUGGGACUUGAUCGCCGUCCUGUGCCCCAAGGGACCACUGCGGAUUCUCGUUGAGACGGCGCAGGAGCGUAAUGAGCCCAUCUUCCCUGCUCUCAUCUACUCCUCUGCUAUGGCGUGGUGUGUGGUGACAAUGGCUGACCGGGAUCCCUUCUACACUAACCAAAACCAGCCAGGUGCACAGAGUGACGUCUCGUCAGCGUCGACCAACAGCCCCGUCCAGCUGGCAGAGGGCGGGGACGCGGAUCCCCCCGUGGAGGUCGAGCAGCCCCGGAUGCGAGGAGAGCGGACGCGGCGGCGCUCACAGCGUGGCAGCACAAUCGUCAACAGCGGCACGCUUGCGGGCGCCACCGACAAUGCUGGCGACCUCCCCCACCAGGAAGAAGAAGAGAGGGGAGUCAAGCUAGGCCUGGGCGACUUCAUCUUUUACAGUGUCUUGGUGGGGAAGGCGUCGUCCUAUGGCGACUGGAACACGACUGUUGCCUGCUUUGUGGCCAUCCUCAUUGGUCUGUGCCUAACCUUGCUCCUGCUGGCCAUAUUCAAGAAGGCACUCCCGGCCCUGCCAAUCUCGAUCACCUUCGGCCUCAUCUUCUACUUUGCGACGUCGUCUCUCGUCCAGCCGUUUGCUGACAGCCUGGCGAGCGAGCAAGUCUUUAUAUGAUGGGUCUCCUCCACGAAAGGACGCUGCACGAGGGAGUUGCAGCGAUAAGUCAUCUUGCACUGCAAUAACCCAGCAGUGGCAGCGUGUUUUGCCCAACCGUAUAAAAACGCUAAUCGAGUCACAUGCUGCAACAUCUUGCUUGUCUUCAGUUGUGGAGAACACGGCACCCUUUGAACUAUUGAGUUGACAGCAUGCUGUGAUGCGGUGUGUCGUGUGAACGGCCGCCAUGCUCCAGAAGAAUGUACAGACCGGGCCGCCAACUACUUCCGUCGUUCCUGGACUUCCAAAGUGGUCUUUCCUUUGUGUUUACCCCCCACGCCCCUAGAUGCUGCUUUUAAUGUAGUGACGCUUAUUUAUAUGAUUCUUCGCAUGCUUCUGUGUGACAUGCCACAGUUCACUUUGUUAGAAGUACUGCUGGCUCAGUGUAGUGGGUACAGUUGACUUCCGUUAAUUUUACUCUGACAGGACUGAUGAAAUUGGUCGAAUCAUUCCGAGGACAAAUUAAACAAGAGGCAGAAAAAAAGAGUAUUGAACUGCACUUGUGAUUGAUCUGACAGUGUUUGCCUGAUUCUGACACUCUCCGAAUUGAAUGCACACCCACUUUGGAGGGGUUGAAAGUGAAAAACUAAAAUAAAAAUGACAUUAGAGCUCCUAAAAGAAAAGGAGAAACUGAAUGUGCACCCAAUGUUUUAGCAAAAAAAAAAAAAAGUGCAUUGAAUACAGUGACAUUCAUUGUGAGCUACUGUUUUCGCUUCAAUAUGUUUCUGGGGUGAGCGGAAUAUAGGCUUUUUGACAGGAGAUGGUGUUUGUUCGGCCCAUUCACUGCACCCUGAGUGCUGCUGAGAUGGACUUUGUCGCUAUUGGAGUCACCACUGCGGUCACCACUGGGGCCAGGCACAUGUUUGAUGACCAGCCAGGUUCGAAUUGUCUGCCAAAGACUGAUUUCAGGGUCGAAGCAAUAAAAGGCGCCAGCCGGGAUCUUCAGUCGGGAUGGAAUUAACCGAAAUAUGAAAUUAACCAGAGUUGAAUUAGCAGAAGUCUACUGUAUUACUGAAUAUGUCUCGUCAUGCCCGAAAAUAAAUUUUCUAUGUUGACCGUCA